GCUCAAUUUGCUGCUGCCGCCAAAUGGAAGACAAAAAGGAAGUUGCAAUUAUCAAGUCGGCCAUCCAGGUUCGUGAGUCGUCGCGGGAUUCCGGAGAAGGUGUGGUGCGACAACGCCACCAAUUUCGUCGGCGCAGAUCGCCACAUGAGAGAGUUCCGAGCCCGUCUGGAGGAGCAGGGGGGCGGUAUCGAAACAUUCGCAUCAAAAAAAGGAUGCGAGUUUGCGUUCAUACCGCCCAGAGCACCGCACUUCGGCGGACUAUGGGAGGCAGGUGUGAAGUCUGCAAAGCACCUGUUCCUUCGGACGGUAGGCCAAGACCUCUUGACCGCGGAGGAGCUCGGAACUCUGCUCACCAGCGUGGAGGCCGUGCUCAACUCCAGGCCCCUCGGCGCUCUAAGCAGCGACCCGAACGACGGCGAGGCCCUGACCCCCGGGCAUCUGCUCAUCGGCGGCCCUCUUCUGGCCCCACCAUCAGCGGCGCUCCCGGACCAGAUCAGCCUGACCUGCUUGCGACGAUGGCGAGGUGUCUCGUCUCUCAGGCACAGGUUCUGGCAGCGAUGGUCCCGGGAGUACAUCUCCAGCCUCCUGCAGCGGUCCAAGUGGCACCAGGGGGAGCCCAACCUCGACGUGGGAGCGCUCGUCGUCGUCGCAGAAGACAAUCUUCCGCCCCAGCAGUGGAGGAUCGGACGAGUGGUAGCGGUGCACGCCGGCGCCGAUAGCAAGGUUCGCGUGGCGGACGUCAGGACGCAGGACGGCGAAUAUCGGCGAGCUGUCCACCGACUGGCCCUGUUGCCCGUUCUGGGCUGAAGGACGUCGUCCCUUCAGAGGGGGCGGUGUUUGCGCACUCAGCGCUUGUAUUUAAAUCACUAGUUGUAGGGCGAGAGCGGGAGCCAAUAAAGCUUUCGUCUGUUCGCUCUUGCGAAUUCGCCCCGUCUCUCGCCACCGUAGCAUAAGUUAGGUUCUAAGAGAAAUUAUUGAAAUAUAAUUGUUAGUGAUCCAUCGAACAUCAUCGUAGCCACUC